AUGCUGCCUGUCACGCUAUACCCUGCAUCGAUGCUUGUACUGUUGUCUAUAUGGCAUGGAGGUUUUGCAUUGCCAGUGAAAACUACAGAACCAGUGACAAAUACAUGUGUCCUCUACGCACGGGCACUUUUGGAUAACAUCAAGGACGCCCUCACCCAGGACGAUGAGCAUCUACAUAAGAAAAACUUGUUUAAAGGAUUCAACUGCACACAACAAAGUGUAGACCUCAACACAGAGACUGACACAGUAUAUGCCUGUGCGCCUCAUGGAACAAGCUGCUCUGGAGUGACAAAAUCAGACUUUAAUCAGGACAUGUGUAUGAACAACAUUGAGAAAGACCUGCAUCAUUAUUACAAAGUCCUGUCUGCCCAUCCUGACCCGGACAUGUUCCUCAGAAGUACUGUCCUCGUCAGGCUCAGGGAGCUCAUGAUGAUGCCCUCUGAGAGUUCAAGCAGCUACGACGACAGACUGAAUCUGUGUAAAAAACUGAAGGGCUUCCAUAUCCGCACCAUCACAAUCAACCGAGCUCUGGAGUACAACCAUGGAGCAGAUCAGCCUCAUGUGAAAAAAUGGGAAAACGACGUUCACGAUCCUUUCCACACCUCAAAGCUCCAGAGCGGAGGCUCUCCCCGGGCUGUGGUCGUGAGGUGCCACCCUGACUCUCUGGAGGUCAUCAUUCAGGCGGACAUGUUCAACACUGGCCUGGUGGUGGAGGCCAGUCACUUACGCCUGGGUUUGGAGGAACAAAUGAAUCCAAAUGUCUGUAAAGCUGCGCCCUCAGGACCGAGCGAAUUCACUAUCCGGGCCCAUCUCAUGGACUGUGGCACUGUGAAACACCCACCAUCAGAAAAGAUUGUCUACUCUAAUGUGCUGGUCUAUGCCCCUAAACCUUCACCAGAGGGUUUACUGAGACUGGAAGAAGCAACCAUUCCAAUUGAAUGUCAUUAUAACAAGUUUCAUUCUGUAAAUUCCCUCUCCGUGUUUCCCACAUGGACCCCUUUUGUUUUACGGACCACAAUUGAGAGUCAGAUGGAUUUCAGUCUGAGGUUGAUGACUGGAGACUGGCAGUUUGAGAGAGACUCGCAUGCGUAUUAUGUGGGUGAUCCAAUUUAUUUUGAAGCAUCAUCCAUCUCGGGAAACCACAAGCCUCUUCGUGUGUUUGUCGAUCAUUGUGUAGCUACAGUGACUCCUGAUGCAGAAGCGGCAUUACGAUAUGACUUAAUUGAUCAUCACGGAUGCUUUGUUGAUGCGUAUCUAACAAACUCAACUGCACGAUUUCUGUCAAGAGCGGAGGAUAACCGGAUUCAGUUCCAACUAGAUGCGUUUAAGUUCUACCAAGAAAACACUAAACAGAUUUAUAUCACCUGUCACCUAACUGCUGUUCCAACUUCGGUUAAAUCAAAACACAAGGCCUGCUCUCUCAUUGCCAACAGGUGGCGUUCCGCAGACGGGAAUGACGAGGAUUGCAGAACUUGUGGUGUUCCGUAUCCGAUUAAAGAAACGUCCACGACCGCAUCACCCACCGUCGUUUCACCAAGACGAUGUGGACUGAACAUUUGCCGUGACGACCAAGUGUGCUGCGUGCGUGGGAAUGACACCACCAUAGUGACCUGUUGCAAGGAGCUCGUGGACAACACUUACUACAGCAUCGCGAUGGUCACACGGAAACUUUCUGGGGUUCUCAUCAUGUUACUGCUGUUUGCGUUUGGGUAUUUCGUGCAGAGGAUGCUGUGCUCCAGGUCCAGGCAACUCUCAGCCCCUUAUAACGGUCCCCCCACGGCCGCAGUCUCCCAGGAGAUGCUCAUGGAGAGUUAUACGCCCGACAGUUUGCGGAGUCCAGCCUUGAGCGCCCCUUUACCCUCAUAUGAGGAUCUUAAACGGCUCCCAACUUAUGAAGAGACUAUACGUGAGUCCCGCGCGCAACAAGGGACACUACACUCUUAA